GGGCGAUCUUGUCAUGUUUCUCCUGCAUGCUUAUUGAGCGCGUCCAAAGCCCGAAGAAACUGGGGAAAAUGAGCCAGAAACCGCGCCUGUAGCGCGGCCUGUUCCGCACUUCUGACGAAGUUCACCACAAUUUUUAUCAAACUUGCACACCAACAUAUUUUGCUUGCGGUAAGGCAAUCGGUACCAUCGGCCUUGUAUCGUAUUUUCAUAAGUAUAUAUAGACUCUACUCCUCUCUCUCUUUCGUUUAUUUGUAUCAGAGCAUUGUCUUCUGUCUUCUCAGGUCCAAUCAGAUUUCAUUCCUCGUUCCACCAAAUCAAUGGAUUCAAAACAGUUCAGAGAAGCUGCCACUUCCGCAAUUGACGAAAUUGUCAAUUACUACGAUACGAUUGCAGACCGCAGAGUCGUUUCGAACGUCGAACCCGGGUAUCUCAAAAAGAUCCUUCCCAAUGGCCCACCACAAGACGGAGAAUCAUGGGCAGAGAUCCAGAAAGAUAUCGAAGCCAAGAUCAUGCCGGGGCUUACACAUUGGCAAUCGCCCAACUUCAUGGCUUUCUUUCCUGCGUCGUCCUCAUAUCCUGGAAUGCUUGGAGAAUUAUACUCUGCUGCUUUCACAGCACCUGCUUUCAAUUGGAUAUGCUCGCCUGCCGUCACGGAACUCGAAACGGUUGUACUCGACUGGCUUGCUAAGCUCCUCAAUCUCCCAGACUGCUACCUCUCGACAACUCAUGGAGGAGGGGUUAUUCAAGGAUCUGCCUCUGAGGCUAUCGUCACCGUGAUGGUUGCAGCACGCGAUAAAUAUCUUCGAGCAACGACUGCUCAUUUGUCCGGUAUUGAGCUCGAAGAUGCUAUUGCAUACAAGAGGAGUCGAAUUGUCGCAUUGGGAAGCGAAACAUCACACAGCUCGACGCAGAAAGCAGCGCAGAUCGCAGGUGUUAGAUACCGGUCGAUUCCCGUUUCGAAGGAGACUGACUUCGCCUUGACUGGUGCUGCCUUGGAGGGAGUGCUCCAAGAGUGUAAAGCUCAAGGUCUUGAACCGUUCUAUUUGACGACCACGUUAGGGACGACGGCAACUUGUGCUGUCGAUGACUUCGCUUCUGUCGCCUCGACUCUUGCGAAAUAUGCACCACCAAACAAACCUGGAGAGAUCUGGGUUCAUGUUGAUGCAGCGUACGCUGGUGCAGCUUUGAUCUGUCCAGAGUACCAACACCUCACAGCUUCAUUUGAGCAUUUCCAUUCUUUCGACAUGAAUAUGCACAAAUGGUUGCUCACGAACUUCGAUGCCUCAUGUCUGUUCGUGCGGAAGAGGAAGGAUUUGAUCGAUGCGCUGUCAAUAAUGCCAAGCUAUCUUCGCAACGAGUUCAGUGAAAGUGGCUUGGUGACGGAUUACCGGGAUUGGCAAAUUCCUCUCGGGCGACGGUUCAGAAGCUUGAAGAUAUGGUUCGUGCUUAGAACAUAUGGUGUCAAGGGACUUCAAGCCCAUGUCAGGAAGCACAUCAAAUUUGGAGAAAUAUUUGCUGCCCUCCUUGAAACCAGAAAAGAUCUUUUCGAGAUCACCACAAAACCAGCAUAUGCGCUGACGGUUUUCAAUAUUGUACCGAAAGUUGCGGACAAGAAAGAACAGGACAGGAUCACCAAAGAUGUGUACGAGUUAGUCAACAAGCGGGGCGAGAUUUACAUCACCUCAAGCGUUGUUGGAGGUGUAUAUGUCGUCAGAGUCGUCAGUGCCAAUCCCCUGGCGGAAGCAAGGUAUCUCAGAAAGGCGUUUGGAAUCUUAGUGGAGACUGCAGAAGAGGUUCGCAAUGGAAAAGUCAGGCAAGACGCACCCAAUGGGACUGUACUCGACAUCAAAGGCGUCGGAGACGCCGUUCUUGUGAAGGAGAAUGGUCUCACCAAAUAGAAUCACAAGACCAAUAACUCGGCUAGGCCCCUGAAACUUGAGUCUAUCUGCGAGAGUGAUUGAAAAAAUCUCCUAUCUACCGUCAAAUUUUCAGGACUUGGAGGUCCCUUUGCAGACAAUGGUCAGCAUUCUGAGUGAAGAUAACAAGACAAUCUCAGUUUAUUCUGUCAUUAUGAUUGGUUCCAGUCAGCCUAUGGUGGCACAUAUCAAGAACAGGC